AUGGUUUCCGACGAGCUUCUUGAGAAAUGUCUCCAGAUCCUGCAGGAUCAGGCACUGGAUGAGGAAGAACAAGCGGAGAAAGUGGAGGACUUCUUGCGCGCAAACACCUCCAUGGCAGGUACACCCUUGGAGAAUGCGGUAUUGGACAUCCUCUGGCGCCAUCGCAACCGAAACAUGCCAGAUGCUUCGCCUCCAGUCCGUCACACCGUGAUUCGCCGCUCAUCGCCUGCGCCAUGGCAAAUGGCUCGAUCAUCCACGCCGCUCUCCCCUCAUUCGACUUUAGGAACCAGCCCUGGGAGUAGCUCGUGGAUGCAAAGCUCCCGUGGGCCAUUCUCGCGGCCCCCACUAUCUUCUACUGUCUCUCCGUUUACCUCCCCACGCCCAUCGCCCCGGCUUGCCCUUGCCCAGCCUAUACCCCAUUCCCCAAAUCUAAACGCCUACGAGUUCUCGGAUCAGAGUCAAAUUUCUGACUUCUAUGGAGACUUUGGAGGUGAUAACAAUGUUGACUGGCUAGUCGCGGAUGAUGCCAACAGUACAACAUCGUCCGCGGGUGGUGUGAGCACCCCCGGGGCACUUAGCGCCACUGCGGUUGAAUUUGUUCCAGAUAUGAGCCCACAUGACAUACUGCGCACGGUACUGGGUGACAAGCGAUCAAACGAUGAAAUAGAAGCUGCAUUGGAGGCUAAUAGUUAUGACCUCGGUGCUACUAUUGCUUCGCUCUCGCAGGAUAUAGAAUCCGAGGCAAUUUCAAAACAACACGACGACGGUCGUGUUUUGGUUGGCAAGUCUAUGACAAUGGAGCAAGUACGCCCGGUCACGCCAUUGGGUAGCAGUCGCAGCCCUGUGGUCUGUAAGUACUGGCUGUCCACUGGACAAUGCCUUCGAGCGGACUGUCGUUUUAGUCAUGACCUAACCGCACAUGUGUGCAAGUAUUGGGUUAUGGGAAACUGUCUAGCCGGUGAUGGAUGUCCCUUCUCGCACGAUCCUUCGGCGCUUAUCGGCAAUCUCAGUGUCACGGAUGGUAGUCGACCAGCUUCGCCCUCCCCAUUCCAGGUGGACAGCGGUUCUGAUGCAUUUCCACCAUUGCAAGCGGCAGACAACGGCGACCAAUGGGCAACCCAGUACACGGGCCGAUACCCUGCCCAUCUUUCUGCUUAUCAAGCCAGCAAGUAUGCGCCUCCUGGCCUCCUUCCUGGAAUGAGCAAGAGAAAUGGAAGCGCAACUCAUCUCGGACGCCCAAGCUCCCGUCCAUCAAGCCGCCACCAGAACCGGGAGUUGAAUCCCGCUGCACCCUCUGUGGACGACCCAGAUGCCUUCCCAACUCUUGCUGCGGUCAAUGCCAAAAAUGCCGGCAAAAAGCAUCAUGGAAAACGGGGCGGUCAUAACAACCGCGAAACCAGCUUGAGCAAAGAAAGCGUCCCUUCAUCUCUGGCUGAUGUGGUUCGCAUGACCCCAUCUCCUGUCCCCGGAAAAACCAAAUCUGGCUCCAGAAAGGACGCGAAGGGUCGUGAAAACAGUGCGGCAGCUCAAUCUAUCCCACCCCCGCAAAAUAUUCCCUGGCUGGAGACAGGCACGCGGGCCAAUCAACAAUAUAUUAAAUACCGAACAGAGGCUAUUCGCCACGGCACUGUGCGAAACAAGUUCCUCCAAAGCGCUGCACAAGCAUGGAACCGCAAUGAUGCACGAGCUGCUAAAGCAUUGUCGUUGCGCGGCCAGGCCGAGAACGACGCGAUGCGCAGGUGUCAUCGGGAGGCUGCGCGCCAGCUUUAUGAAGAACGCAAUCAACAUUUGUCCCACAAGGGAUUGGAUGAAUCUUCAGAAGAGCUAUACGUUGACCUUCACGGUCUCCACCCAGAAGAGGCUAUCGAAUAUCUCGAGAAGAUCCUGCUCAAGCAUGCCCGAGAAGGCCUCCGGGUGGUAUAUGCCAUCACAGGCACUGGUCACCACUCGAAGAAUGGCAAAGAUAAGAUCGGCAAGGCCGUCAAGGCAUGGUUGAACGAGUGGCGGUAUUUGUUCCGGGAAUUCAGUGUACCUGGUGAGCGAGGCGGUUAUGUCGGAGGGAUUCUCGGCAUUGAUCCGACCAGUUAUGACAAGUCAGUAGCCAAGGAGUUGGCUAGUGAAUUGAUGGAGGCCAACGCUGGCGGAGAGCCUCCGAUCCUGACUAUGGGCAAAAUCCAUUUACUCAAGCGUGAAGAAAUAGAGCAAGAUCAAUGA